ACGAUGACAGAAGAAAUUGAAAAUGUCCGAAAUUAACAGCAUUCGACAAUAAAGAUCAACAAAUUUAUUUGUUCAAACUUUGGCAAUGACCAAAAUUACUAAUGCGUGUCUACGUAGUGUUCGCGUUUCUCGUUCAAAAUGUUAUUUGUGAAUAUGACAGGCGAGUUAUAACGACUCUAAAGUACUCGAAGUACAGCACGACACCAGCUGUCGUCAAUGGGAAACCUGCUGUGGAAGGCCAGUUCCCUUUCUUGGUCUCUCUAAAGGAACCAGUGCAGAAAAUGGAGCCGGACAAAAUUGUGUGGAAAAACCUUUGUGGCGGGAGCAUAAUUGACCAUAAAAGAGUCCUGACAGCAGCCCAUUGUUUUGAAAAUAACGAGUUUUACUACGCGAGACACCCGGAGGCGCUCCGUGUUGUGGCCGGGGCCAUGAGCACGGACCUUAUACACAGCGGCAAGACUGAAACCAAUAAAGAAACUCAAUGGAGAAGCUUAGCACAAGUUCUGAUACAUGAACAUUUCAGUUUCCCAGCACAUGACAUCGCGAUCGUCGUGGUCAAUGAGCCGUGGGUCUUCAACGAAAAUGUCAACUACAUAAAGUUGGCGACGAAAGUGACGGAUUAUGCAGAGCAGUGUGUGUCCGCUGGGUACGGCAGGGUCGGGCAUCGGUUGAAAGACACCAUCUCUCCAAUUUUGCUGACGGCGAAAAUAAGUACGAUGCCGAGAUGGCGAUGCUCGUUAGUGUGGGAGAUGAAUAUGAAUUCGUUCAUUUGUACGGACUCGGCGAUAGCUGAUGUGGCUAGGGGUGACUCUGGUGGUCCCUUGAUGUGCUACCACACCGGUGACCCCAAUGAGGUGAACGAUGAGGGUCUGCUGGCCGGUGUGGUGAGCGGCAAGAACUUCGACAAGACCACGUUGUACACGCGCGUCUCUGCCUACCACCCGUGGAUAGAUCGCGGCUACUCCGGUGCUGCUGAUCUGUCGCCUGUGUUUGUGACAAUAUUGUGUUUGCCUAUUAUACCUGUCGUUGUAAUAUAUCUUUUGUUUUACUGUAAUAUUUCCUUAAACCACUGUCCAUCGUUGGUUGACUGCCUUAUACGACUAGACUUAGACCAGUUCUAUUGGUAA